ACCAACAGCUUUCCUCGCCGGAGUCCCCAACAAACCAAGAAACCCCUCCACUCUCCACCGCGCAGCAGCCAACCCACCGCCUCUGCUCUCCGGCGCCGGUGACCCAUGGACCAGUCCCACGACGGGCACCACGUGCGGCUGCGGAGCCCCGUGCACCGCACCCGCACCUACCUCCACGCCGCCGCCGACGGGGAGAGCGUCACCCUCAGCCAGGUCCGGGCCUCCAUGAACGCGGCGUGGGCGGUGCACAUCUACCACCGCGACGACGGCGACGGAGAGGCUUUCUACGACGACGACGGCCCGUACCUGCUCCUCCACAGCGCCGCCUACGGCCGCUACCUCGGCGCCACGGACGUGCCGGCGCGGCGAGGCCACCGCGGAUUCCGCGCGGAGCUGCGUGACUACGACCAGCCGGAGGUGGGGGCCAUCAUGUGGCGGGCCGUCGGGUCGGGCUUCGCGGGCAACGUCGUCCUGCUCCACCACGCGGGCGGCCGCUUCCUCCGCGUCAACGGCAGGUACCUUCCCUGGAACGCCGGCGUCAGCCUCGACGACGACGUCAACUCCAUGAUGCACUGGGUCGUCGAGCCCAUCCCCGCUAGAGAGGCUGGCAUGCCUGCCAUUCCUGGCCCGCCUCCGACUCGCCCAGGAAUGAGAUUCCUCUCCAACAUAUUCAUGCACCGGGGGGCGGGACAGCAGAUCGGGGGCGUCGAGCCCAUCCCGGGAGAGGCGGGUGGCUCCGGUGGCCGGACUCCGACUCUCGCAAGAUUCCUCUCCGACAUGUUCAUGGAUCCGGGACGGCGGAUCCGGUACACUCCGACGCUCGGCGGGGACUACCCCGAGGACAGCGCCGGCUGGGGCGAGUUCUGGUUCAGGGGGAGGUCCGUGUUCCGUCUGAGGGACCAGCUGGUGAUGCGCACCAGCAUCAACCUGUACUACCAGAACGUCGCCAUCUGCGUCCGAGCGGGCCGCUACGGGAGGCUGACCCCGCUCGUCGUCGACCUGCCCCACGGCGGCUACGGCGAGACCCUCGAGAUUGUCAUCCUCGAGGACGAGACUCGUGCCUACGAUGAUCUGCGACACCCAGACGUCGACGCGGAGUAGAGGAAGAUCAGAGCCGGUGUCCUGACUGUUCACAAGUUUCUCCACCUCGGGUUGGCAGCAGAACUGGACGCCUACUUUUGCCUAGAGAUAGAUAUAGAUUCAGAAACUCAGCAGCUCUCGUGUUCGCGGUUCUAUGAUUCAGAACUACUGAAAGCGUUGGGUCCAACGGCUGAACAAUAUUGUAGUGAUGCUGAAUGACAUUCAUCCCUGCGAUGUAAUUUUGACAGCUUCGUAGACAAUGCAUUUCGUGUAACUGGAAAAUGCAGUGGUUUGUGCAAUGAGCUUCAUUCCUUUUAGACUAUGCACUUCUCG